AUGUCUCUCACGCGGCCGUCGCGAGAGUUCCUCCAUCUUCCCCGCCAAUUGGCGAGGACAACGUCACGAACUCGACCAUCCUCGGCCACCAGCAGCAGCGCCGUCACCACAAACCAGACACGCCGCAUCGGCACACUGCCCCAGACCAGAUCACACCGACAAACAGCAGCACCCAAACAGCCCCCGGUCCGUCAAAGCCGCACGGUAGCAACCUUCACGCCGCCCUUCCAAGCCGGCGCCGUGUCACGCAUCGAGACCAAUGUCGACCCGACGUCUCCCGAGUUUCGUGAGAAUGAGGCCAGCAUGGCCGAGCUCAUGGUCCGCCUCGACACGCUGACCCGCAAGGCGCAGCAGGGAGGCAACGCCAAGGCCAAGGAGAAGCACAUUGCGAGGGGCAAAAUGCUGCCGCGCGACAGGAUAGCUGCCCUGAUCGACCCGGGCUCGUCCUUCAUGGAGCUGAGCGCCCUGGCUGCUCACGAGGUCUACCCCGAGGCCGACGUCCCUGCCGCUGGUAUCAUCACUGGGGUUGGUGUCGUCGAGGGCGUCACCUGUAUGAUUGUCGCCAACGACAGUACCGUCAAGGGCGGAACUUACUACCCCAUGACGGUCAAGAAGCACUUGAGGGCACAGGCUGUGGCUCAGGAAAACAAGCUACCGUGCAUCUACCUAGUCGACUCGGGCGGUGCCAACCUUCCACACCAGGCCGAUGUGUUCCCCGACCAAAACCACUUUGGCCGCAUCUUCUACAAUCAGGCUCGUAUGUCUUCGCAAGGAAUUCCCCAAAUCGCUGUGGUCAUGGGUCCCUGCACAGCAGGAGGAGCGUACGUGCCCGCCAUGAGCGACGAGAGCAUUAUUGUGGGCAACCAAGGCCACAUCUUUCUUGCUGGACCGCCCCUCGUCAAGGCGGCCACUGGCGAAGUCGUCACACCGGAGGAGCUGGGAGGCGGCGAGAUGCACUCCUCAGUAUCUGGAGUUACCGACCACUUGGCUGUGGACGACGCACAUGCUCUAGUCCUUGCUAGGCGAUGCAUCAGCAACCUGAACUGGCCCGCCCAAUCGAAGUCUUCUCAGGAACCUUCAUAUGAAGAGCCUCUAUAUCCGGCAGAAGAGCUUCUGGGCAUUGCAUCCCCUAACCUACGCAAGCCACUACCGAUUCGCGAAGUCAUAGCCCGCAUAGUCGAUAGCUCGGCCUUUUCCGAGUUCAAGCGGGACUAUGGCACGACACUUGUCACGGGUUUUGCGUCCAUCUACGGCCAAAAAGUCGGCAUUGUGGCCAACGAUGGUGUUCUGCUCGGCACGUCGGCUGUCAAGGGCGCGCACUUUAUUGAGCUUUGCGCCCAACGGGGGAUUCCUCUCGUGUUUCUACAGAACAUUUCUGGCUUCAUGGUUGGCAAGGAGGCUGAACGUGAUGGUAUUGCCAAGCACGGUGCCAAACUGGUUACUGCAGUUGCGUGCGCCGAUGUGCCCAAGUUCACAGUCGUAGUCGGCGGCAGCUACGGUGCUGGAAACUACGGCAUGUGCGGCAGGGCAUACAGUCCUCGCUUCAUGUGGCUGUGGCCCAAUGCCCGUGUCGGCGUCAUGGGUGCCGAGCAGCUCGCUGCCGUCAUGGAGACGGUCGGAAAGCCAGACCCAGAGCUGAAGGACAGAAUCGAGAGGGAGACUGACGCCGUGUUUUCGAGUGCACGAUUAUGGGAUGACGGCAUAAUUCCGCCGCAACACACACGCAGGUACCUUGGCUUGGGCCUGCGGGCUGCCAUGUCGGGGCGCAACGAGGUCAAGCCCGGCGACACCAAGUUCGGCGUGUUCCGGAUGUAG